CGGCCCUGGGCUUCCUAUCGGGGCUUCCUCUCCGUCCUGCGACACAAAGGCACCAUGGCCCUUACCCCACACAUGCUGCCGCUGCUGCUGCUGCCGCUGUGGGCCGGGUCCCAGGCUCAGGAUUCCAGAUUCCACCUGCAAGUGCAGAAGACCGUGACGGUGCAGGAGGGCCUGUGUGUGUUUGUGCCCUGUGAUUUCUCCCACCCCCAAGUCCAAUACAAUGACAGUGACCCAGCUCAUGGCUACUGGUUCCGUGAAGGGACCCAUACAGGGCGCAGUGCUCCAGUGGCCACAAACAACCCAGGUCAAAAAGUGGAGCAGGAGACCCAAGGCCGAUUCCACCUCCUUGGAAACCCCCAGGACUACAACUGCUCCCUGGACAUCAGAGACGCACGGAGGAGUGACUCGGGGGCAUACUUCUUUAGGGUGGAGAGAGGGUCUUAUGUGAGAUAUAAUUACCAAUGGAACCGGUUCUCCGUGCAUGUGACAGCUCUGACACGGAUACCGGACAUCCACAUCCAGGGGCCCCUAGAAUCUGGCCAGCCCAGCAACAUUACCUGUAGCGUGCCCUGGGCCUGUCAGAGGGGGACGGCCCCCACCUUCUCCUGGAUCGGGGACGCCCUCACCUCCCUGGACCCCAGGACACACUUCUCUUCGGUGCUCACCCUCAUCCCGAGGCCCCAGGACCAUGGCACCAACCUCACCUGUCGAGUGACCUUCCCUGGAGCUAAUGUGAGCACAGAGAGAACCAUCCAGCUCAAUGUCUCCUAUGCGUCCCAGAACCUGACCAUCAGUGUUUUCCGGAGAGAAGGCACAGCACCUGAGGCUCUGGGCAACGGUUCAUCUCUCCCAGUCCAGGAGGGCCAGUCCCUGCACCUGGUCUGUGUCUACGACAGUAACCCCCCUGCCAGGCUGCGCUGGACCCGGGGCAGCCUGACCUUACAGCCUCCGCAACCCUCAGAUCCUGGGGUCCUGCAGCUGCCCCGGGUGGAAUUGGGGGACCAUGGGAAAUACGUCUGCCAAGCUCAGCACGCGCUGGGCUCUCUGGAGGCGUCCCUGAGCCUCCUUGUGAAGAACCCCCCAAAGCUGUUUGGUCCCUCCUGCUCCUGGGAGGGCGAGGGGCUGCAUUGCACCUGCUCGGCUCAAUCCCAGCUGACCCCCUCUCUGCACUGGCGGCUGGGGGAGGGACUGCUGGAGGCGAACCACAGCAACACCUCCUUGACCGUCACCUCCAGCUCGGAGGGGCCCUGGGCCAACAGCAACCUGAGCUUCAUGGAGCCGCUGGGCUCCAGCCUCAGACUCAGCUGCGAGGCCUGGAACGCACACGGGGAACAGAGCGCUGUGGUCCAGCUGCUGCCAGGGAGACCAGGGCCCGGGACAGGUGCACUUCACGGGGCGAUCGGGGGAGCUGGUGUCACAGCCCUGCUUGCUCUGUGUCUCUGCUUCAUCACCUUCUUCGUAGUGAAGACCUACAGGCAGAAAUCAACCCAGAAAUCAGCGCACAGGGAUGACUCCCAGGGUCACCUGGACAAACCCUGGUCAGACAGCCCGUCAGCCCCCCCGCCCCCAGACCCAGCUGCCUCCCUCUCAGAGAAGGGGCAGGAAGAGCUCUACUACGCCUCCCUCACCUUCCAAGGGCUGAGGCCACACAACUUCCAGGAAUGGGAAACCACGGAGUAUGCAGAGAUCAAGAUCCAGACUGACAGCCCCACCCACGGCCCCCCCUUGGGAGCCCAGACAGGGCAUCUUUGAGGAAAUGUGUGCCAGGCACUGAUUCUUCAU